AUGAGAGAGCUAGACCAGGCCGCUCUUUGCUCCUAGAACCGGGCGGCCCGGGUCCGAGUGGGCAAAGGGGACAAGCCCGUGACCUACGAGGAGGCGCACGCGCCUCACUACAUCGCCCACCGCAAGGGCUGGCUGUCGCUGCACACAGGUAACCUGGAUGGGGAGGACCACGCUGCAGAGCGAACAGUGGAGGAUGUUUUUCUUCGCAAGUUUAUGCUGGGCACCUUCCCCGGCUGCCUGGCUGACCAGCUUGUCCUGAAGCGCCGAGCUAACCAGGUGGAGAUCUGUGCUCUGGUGCUGAGGCAGCUGCCAGCGCACAAGUUCUACUUCCUCGUGGGCUAUAGUGAGACUCUGCUGUCCUACUUCUACAAGUGCCCUGUGCGGGUGCACCUCCAAACUGUGCCCUCAAAGGUUGUGUACAAGUACAUCUAGGACAUGCCUCUUAUGUCAAGCUAUAGCCUGCAGAGGACAGAAACGUGUGGGAAAAGGGGUGAAGUAGAAGUUGGGAAACUCCUCCCUUCAGAGUCCACAGACGUCACUUUCAAAGCUGCUGUUGAAUAAAUGGACCGUCCAUGUUG